AUGGAGCCCAAACGGGUGAUGGCAGCUGCGCCUUUGGGUGCUCCGAGGGGGGUCCUGGGGGGGGGACCCCGAGUUUUGUGGGUGAGAAGCGCCUGAGAGCCGGGAGCGGGGAUCCUGAGGGGGAUUUGUGAAUGAAGACCCUAUGGGGGUCCGUCCCAUUGCUGGGGGGUCUGGGGGUUUCUUCAUCCUUUGGGAUGGGGGUUCCAUGCCCCUAAAUGCAGGGGAGCCCCCCCAGGUUGGUGCCUGAGGACCCCAAGAGUUGUGAAUGGGAUCCCUUGGGAUUUAUGAAGGGGAACCCCAGGAUGUGAGCAUGGGGAGCCCUCAAUGUUGUGAAUGAAGACCCUACAGGGCUGCAUCCUAUUGCUGGGGGGUUUGAGGGGCUGUGCAGCCUUUGGGAUGGGGGUUCCGUUCCCCUAAAUGUUGGGGAGAAGCCCCCAGGUUGAUGCCUGAGGACCCCCCAGUAGUUGUGAAUGGGAACCCUGAGAUCUGAGCAUGGGGAGCCCUCAAGUUUGUGAAUGAAGACCCUAUGGGGGUCCGUCCCAUUGCUGGGGGCUCUGGGGGUUUCUUCAUCCUUUGGGAUGGGGGUCCAGUUCCCCUAAAUGUUGGGGAGCCCCCCCAGAUUGGUGCCUGAGGACCCCCCAGUAGUUGUGAAUGGGAACCCUGAGAUCUGGGCAUGGGGAGCCCUCAGGGUUUGUGGCUGAGGACCCUAUAGGGCUGCAUCCCAUUGCUGGGGGCUCUGGGGGGCUGCCCAUCUUUUGGGAUGGGGGUUCCAUGCCCCUAAAUGUUGGGGAGCCCCCCCAGAUUGGUGCCUGAAGACCCCCAAGAGUUGUGAAUGGGAUCCCUUGGGAUUUAUGAAUGGGAACCCCAAGAUGUGAGCAUGGGGAGCCCUCAGGGUUUGUGGCUGAGGACCCUACAGGGGUCUGUCCCAUUGCUGUGGGAUUUGAGGGGCUGUGCAGCCUUUGGGAUGGGGGUUCUGUUCCCCUAAAUGCUGGAGAGCCCCCCCAGAUUGGUGCCUGAGGACCCCCAAGAGUUGUGAAUGGGAUCCCUUGGGAUUUAUGAAUGGGAACCCCAGGAUGUGAGCAUGGGGAGCCCUCAAGUUUGUGAAUGAAGACCCUAUGGGGGUCUGUCCCAUUGCUUUGGGAUUUGAGGGGCUGCCCAUCUUUUAGGAUGGGGGUUCCUUUCCCCUAAAUGCAGGGGAGCCCCCCCAGGUUGGUGCCUGAAGACCCCCAAGAGUUGUGAAUGGGAUCCCUUGGGAUUUAUGAAGGGGAACCCCGAUAUCUGAGCGUGGGAAGCCCUCAAUGUUGUGAAUGAUGACCCUAUAGGGCUGCAUCCCAUCGCUGUGGGAUUUGAGGGGCCAUUUCGGGUCCCCCCCCCCCCGAUCCCACACACCGAUCACCCCAUAGCAGUGGGGCGACGUGGCUCCCAGCCAAUGGGAAAUGGCCGUUUUUAGGUAAAGGAACCCAAAGCGAAGGACAGGAAGGAGCCGAGGGGCGGCGCGGGCCCUUCCUGCCGCGUCCCAAGGGGGGGGUCGGGAUGGCAAUGGGGUCAUUGGGGUCAAUGGGGCCGUUGGCAGGCGGCCGCCCCGCUGCUAUGGGGUGCGGUGCCGGAUGGAGGCCGCCAUGCUGGGAAAUCCCAUAAUAGGAAGAGCGGCGGCCCCAAGGCUGGGAUGGGUUUGGGGUCGAGGUUUGGGGUCGGCGUUAUUGAGUGCUGUGCUGGGGGGGGGGAGGAGCUCGGCCCCAUAGGCGGCAGUGGGGCGGCCCCAAAGGAGUGCUGUGGGGUCUGUGGGGCACUGAGGGGCAGAGUGGGGGAUCUGUGGGGAAACUGGGGCACAGUCUAUAGGAUCUAUGGGGGAAUUGAGGCCCAGCCUAUGGGAUCUAUGGGGGAAUUGAGGCCCAGCCUAUGGAGUCUGUGGGGGAAUUAAGGCCCAGCCUAUGGGAUCUAUGGGAAUUGAGGCCCAGCUUAUGGGAUCUAUGGGGAAACUGAGGCCCAGCCUAUGGGAUCUGUGGGGGAAUUGAGGCCCAGCCUAUGGGAUCUAUGGGGAAACUGAAGCCCAGCCUAUGGGGUCUAUGGGGGAAUUGAGGCCCAGCCUAUGGGAUCUGUGGGGGAAUUGAGGCCCAGCCUAUGGGAUCUGUGGGGAAUUGAGGCCCAGCCUAUGGGAUCUAUGGGGAUUGAGGCCCAGCCUAUGGGAUCUAUGGGGAAACUGAAGCCCAGCUUAUGGGGUCUAUGGGGCAAUUGAGGCACAGCCUAUGGGAUCUAUGGGGGAAUUGAGGCACAGCCUAUGGGGUCUAUGGGGGAAUUGAGGCCCAGCCUAUGGGGUCUAUGGGGGAAUUGAGGCCCAGCCUAUGGGAUCUGUGGGGGAACUGAGGCACAGCCUAUGGGGUCAGUGGGGAAACUGGGGCACAGCUUAUGGGUUCUAUGGGAAAUUGAGGCACUGUAGGAUCAGUGGGGCACUGAGGAAUAGGGUAUGGGAUCUAUGGCAUGGUGUAUAGGGUCUGUGAGGAUCUGGUGCCUUGUGUAUAGGAUCUAUAGGGAUCUGAGGCACAGGAUAUGGGGUCAGUGGGGAAACUGGGGCACAGCUUAUGGGAUCUAUGGGGAAAUGGAGGCACUGUAGGAUCAGUGGGGAGCUGAGGCACAGCCUUUGGGAUCUAUGGCAUUGGGUAGAGGAUCUAUGGGGACUGAGGCACAGCAUAUGGGGUCAGUGGGGAAACUGAGGCACAGCAUAUGGGAUCUAUGGGGAAACUGAAGCCCAGCUUAUAGGAUCUGUGGGGGAAGUGAGGCACAGAGUGUGGGAUCAAUGGGGAACAGGCACAGUGUGUAGGAUCUAUGGGGAAAGUGAGGCACAAUAUGGGAUCUGUGGGGAAACUGAGGCAUUGUGUGUAGGAUCAGUGGGGAACUGAGGCACAGGGUAUGGGGUCAGUGGGGAAACUGAGGCACAGUGUAUGGGAUGUAUGGGGAAUUGGGGUGUUGUAGGAUCAGUGGGGAGCUGAGGCACAGGAUAUGGGAUCUAUGGGGAAACUGAGGCCCAGCUUAUGGGAUCUGUGGGGAAACUGGGGCACAGGAUAUGGGAUCUAUGGGGGAAUUGAAGCCCAGCCUAUGGGAUCUAUGGGGGAAUUGAGGCAUGGUGUGUAGGAUCAGUGGGGAACUGAGGCAUUGGAUAUGGGGUCUAUGGCAUUGGGUAUAGGGUCUGUGAGGAACUGAUGCCUUGUGUAUAGGAUCUAUAGGGAUCUGAGGCACAGGAUAUGGGGUCAGUGGGGAAACUGGGGCACAGCAUAUGGGAUCUAUGGGGAAAUUGGGGGGCUGUAGGAUCAGUGGGGAGCUGAGGCACAGCUUAUGGGAUCUAUGGGGGAACUGAGGCCCAGCUUAUGGGAUCUGUGGGGGAACUGAGGCACAGCAUAUGGGGUCAGUGGGGAAACUGGGGCACAGCCUAUGGGAUCUAUGGGGAAUUGAGACACAGCCUAUGGGAUCUAUGGGGAAUUGAGACACAGCCUAUGGGAUCUAUGGGGAAUUGAGGCACGGUGUGUAGGAUCAGUGGGGCACUGAGGCAUAGGAAAUGGGAUCUAUGGCAUGGUGUAUAGGGUCUGUGAGGAUCUGGUGCCUUGUGUAUAGGAUCUAUAGGGAUCUGAGGCACACAAUAUGGGGUCAGUGGGGAAACAUAUGGGAUCUAUGGGGACUUGGGGUGUUGUAGGAUCAGUGGGGAGCUGAGGCACAGCCUAUGGGAUCUGUGGGGGAACUGAGGCAUUGUGCAUUGGAUCUAUGGGGAAACUGAGGCACAGAAUAUGGGGUCAAUGGGGAAACAGGCACCGGAUAUGGGAUCUUAUGGGGAAACCGAGGCACGGGAACUGAGAAACCCCAUUGUGUGUCCCACUGGUGCAUGGGGUGGGAGCUGAGUUUAGGGCCGUUGCCACGCGCCCCCCUGUUUGUUGUAGGGGUGAAGAAGAAGACGAAGGUCAUCAAGAACAGCAUCAACCCCGUAUGGAACGAGGGUUUCGAAUGGGAUCUGAAGGGCGUCGCUUUGGACCUCGGCUCUGAGCUGUGCGUCGUUGUCAAGGACCAUGAGACCGUGGGGAGGAAUAGGUUUUUGGGGGAAGCUCGUGUUCCCCUACGGGAUGUGCUGUCCUCAGCCAGCUUGGCGGCGUCCUAUGAUGUGCCUUUGUUGGAUAGCAAGAAGCAGAACACUGGGGCUUCCCUCAUCCUGCAAGUCUCCUACACCCCUCCUCCGGGCGCUGCCCCCCUCUUCCCUCCCCCAGCCCCCCCCGAGGCAGCCCCGGCGGCGGUGGCAGAGCCCGACACGCUCACCGGUAAUGCGGGGGCUGCACGGGGGGACGCGUCCCCCAUCGCCCACCCCACAGCGCCCGGGGACCCGCAGCAACCUCCCUGCCUCCUGCCUCGCGCAGAAGCGGCCACAGAGGAGGAGGGGGACGACCAGGCGGCCACGGGGGACGAAUUGGAGCCCCCGUCCUCGGGGCUGCCGGGUUCGGAGCCGCCCUCGCUGCCCCACAGACCCCCGGCUCCCCGCGGCCGUGGGGUGAAGCGCAGGAGGAGCUCGCCCAAAAAACCCCUGUCCAACAAACCGCAGGACUUCCAGAUCCGGGUUCGGGUGAUCGAGGCCCGGCAGCUGCCCGGCGUUCACAUCCGCCCCGUGGUGAAGGUGACGGCGGCGGGGCAGAGCAAGAGGACCAGGAUCCGUAAAGGCAACAGCCCCCGCUUCGACGAGACCUUCUUCUUCAACGUCUUCGAGUCGCCGGCCGAGCUGUUCGACGUGCCCAUCUUCAUCACGGUCCUGGACUCGCGCUCUUUCCGGAUGGACGCGGUGAUCGGCGAGUUUCGGAUGGACGUUGAGAGCAUCUACUCGGAGCCCAAGCAUGCGAUCCUCAGGCGGUGGCUGCUGCUCUCCGACCCGGAGGACUUCACAGCGGGGGCAAAAGGGUACCUGAAGGUCAGCCUGCUCGUGCUGGGGCCUGGGGAUGAAGCUCCUGUGGAGAAGAAGGAGGUCUCCGAAGACAAGGAAGACAUCGAGGGGAACCUCCUGCGUCCCACGGGGGUCACCUUGCGAGGGGCUCAGUUCUGCCUGAAGAUCUUCAAAGCUGAAGAUUUGCCCCAGAUGGACGACGCCGUCAUGGACAAUGUGCGGCAGAUCUUUGGCUUUGAGAGCAACAAGAAGAACCUGGUUGACCCCUUCGUGGAAGUCAGCUUCGCGGGGAAGACGCUCUUCUCGAGGAUCCUGGAGAAGAAUGCCAACCCGCAGUGGAACCAGUGCCUGACGCUGCCGGUGAUGUUCCCUUCCAUGUGUGAGAAGAUGAAGAUCCGGGUGACCGACUGGGACCGUCUGACGCACAACGACGUCGUCGGCACCGCCUACCUCUGCAUGUCCAAGAUCUCUGCGCCCGGCGGGGAGCUGGAGGAUGCGUUUCCUGCUCUCGCGAAGCCUCUGAAAGCCUCAGACUUGGACGACGGGCUGGGCUUCCUGCCGACCUUCGGCCCGUGCUACAUCAACUUGUAUGGCAGCCCCCGCGAAUUCACCGGCUUCCCCGACCCGUACGAGGCGCUCAAUUUAGGAAAGGGCGAGGGCGUCGCGUACCGCGGCCGGGUGCUGCUGGAGCUGGAGACCAAGCUGGAGGAGCACGGGGAGCUGAAGGUGGAGGACAUCUCUGCGGAUGACGUCCUGCGGGUGGAGAAGCACCUGCGGAGGAGGAAGUACUCCCUCUUUGCUGCCUUCUACUCGGCCACCAUGCUGCAGGACGUGGACGAUGCCAUCCAGUUCGAGGUCAGCAUUGGCAACUAUGGCAACAAGUUUGACAACACCUGCUUGCCCUUGGCUUCCACCACGCAGUACAGCCGGGCCGUGUUCGAUGGUUGCCAGUAUUACUACCUGCCCUGGGGCAACGUGAAGCCCGUGGUGGUGCUGUCCUCCUACUGGGAAGACAUCAGCUACCGAACCGACACUCAGAACCUCCUCCAGCACGCGGCAGACAGGCUGGAAGCCAACCUGGAGCAGAUCCACCUCGUGCUCAAGGCCAGCGGCGCGCCGGGCGAGCUGCAAUCCCUGGGAGCCCAGCUGAUGGACGACGUCAUUGCAGACUGCAGCGUUCCGCUGCCCGACGUGCUGGGGAAGGCGGCCAGCACACACCUGGACCAGAACCUGUACCGCUUCCGCAGCACCAACCUGGAGCAGGUGGUGCGGGCGGCCCUGAGGCUGAAGCACGAGGAGCUGAGCCUGCCGGCCGUGCUGGAGCAGGCGGAGGACUGGCUGUGCCGGCUGCGGGCCAUGGCUGAGGAGCCCCAGAACAGCCUCCCAGACGUGGUGAUCUGGAUGCUGCGGGGCGAGAGGCGCGUUGCCUACGCCCGUGUGCCGGCCCACGAGGUUCUCUACUCCCGUGGUGGCCCCAGCUGCUGUGGGAAGAACUGUGGCAAGCUGCAGACCAUCUUCCUGAAGUACCCCCAGGAGGAGGCGAUGGGGCCACGGAUCCCAGCCCAGAUCCGCGUCCAGCUCUGGUUUGGGCUCUCUGUUGAUGAGAAGGAGUUCAAUCAAUUCGCUGAGGGGAGGCUCUCUGUCUUUGCUGAAACUUACGAGAAUCAGACCAAGCUGGCACUGGUGGGGAACUGGGGCACCACCGGCCUGACUUACCCCAAAUACUCCGAUGUCACCGGCAAGAUCAAGCUCCCCAAGGACAGCUUCAAGCCCUCCACGGGCUGGACCUGGGCUGGUGAUUGGUUCAUCUGCCCGGAGAAAACGAUGCUGCACGAGGCGGACGCGGGGCACCUGAGCUUCGUGGAGGAGGUGUUUGAGAACCAAGUGCGGCUGCCGGGCGGGCAGUGGAUCCACAUGGCUGACGCCUACACCGAUGUGAAUGGGGAGAAGGUUCUGCCCAAGGAUGAGAUCGAGUGUCCUCCGGGCUGGAAGUGGGAAGACGUGGAGUGGGACACCGACCUCAACAGAGCCGUGGAUGAGAAAGGUUGGGAGUAUGGCAUCACCAUCCCUCCGGACCGGCGGCCCAAGGCCUGGGUGCCAGCUGAGAAGAUGUACCACACCAACCGGCGCCGGCGCUGGGUGCGACUGCGCAGCAGGGACCUGGCACAGAUGGAAACAGUCAGGAAGCACAAGCAGGACGAGCAGGACGGUGAAGGCUGGGAAUACGCCUCCCUGCUGGGCUGGCGCUUCCACCUGCGGCCCCGUCGCACCGACGCUUUCCGCCGCCGCCGCUGGAGACGCAGGAUGGAGCCCCUGGAGCGCACCGGGGCUGCUGCCGUGUUCGCCUUGGAAGGGGCCCUGGGAGGAGUGACCGACGACAAAAGCGACGACGGCAAAUCCGUCUCCACGCUGAGUUUUGGUGUCAACAGACCCACCAUCUCCUGCAUCUUCGACUAUGGGAACCGCUACCACCUCCGCUGCUACAUGUACCAGGCACGGGACCUGGCUGCCAUGGAUAAGGACAGCUUCUCUGACCCCUAUGCCAUCGUUUCCUUCCUCCACCAAAGCCAGAAGACGGUAGUGAUCAAGAACACCCUGAACCCCACCUGGGACCAGACGCUCAUCUUCUACGAGAUCGAGAUCUUCGGGGACCCCAAGAACGUGUCUGAGUGCCCUCCCAGCAUCGUGGUGGAGAUAUACGACCACGACACCUAUGGCGCUGACGAGUUCAUGGGGCGCUGCGUGUGCCGGCCCAGCCUGCAGCGCGCACCGCGGCUCUCCUGGCACCCCGUGCUCAAAGGCAGCAGGAACGUCGGCGAGCUGCUGGCUGCCUUCGAGCUCAUCCAGAGGGAAAAGCCAGCUGUCCACCACAUCCCUGGCUUCGAGAACGAGCUGUCCUCUGCUCUGGAUGAGUCUGAGGACUCUGACCUGCCUUACCCACCACCCCAACGGGAACCCAACAUCUUCAUGGUCCCCCAAGGGAUCAAACCGGUCCUGCAGCGCACGGCCAUCGAGAUCCUGGCCUGGGGGUUGAGGAACCUCAAGAGCUACCAGCUGGCCAGUGUCACCUCCCCCAGCCUGCUGGUGGAGUGCGAGGGGCAGCUUGUGCAGUCCUGUGUCAUCAAGAAUGUCAAGAAAAACCCCAACUUCGACGUCUGUGUGCUCUUCAUGGAAGUGCGUCUGCCCAGCGAGAGCCUCUACAGCCCCCCCAUCAUCAUCAAAAUCAUCGACAACCGCCCGUUCGGCCGCAGGCCCGUGGUGGGGCAGUGCACCAUCCGCUCUCUGGAGGAAUUCUACUGCGACCCCUAUGGUGGGGAGACGGACGGUGCCCAGGAGCAUGCAGAUGAUGUAAGCCUCACGCCCAGGGAUGAUGUCCUCAUUGACAUUGAUGACAAAGAGCCUCUCCUUCCCACCCAGCUUGUGGAGGGCAUGACCAGCUCAGCACUAAUUAACCCUCCAGCUUCUCGGUCCGAGCCUCAAGAGGAAGAAUUCAUUGACUGGUGGAGCAAAUUCUACGCUUCCACAGGGGAGAGGGAGAAGUGUGGCUCCUACCUGGAGAAGGGCUUUGACACCCUGCAGGUCUAUGAGACGGAGCUGGAACGCGUGGAGGCCUUCGAGCAGCUCUCUGACUUCUGCCACACCUUCAGGCUGUACCGUGGCCGGGUGCAGGAUGCCAACGAUGAUCCCUCAGUCGUAGGCGAGUUCAAGGGUUCCUUCAAAAUCUACCCUCUGCCUGACGACCCCCGCGUGCCGCUGCCACCUCGACAGUUCCACCAACUGCCAGCCAGGGGGCCCCAGGAAUGUCUGGUCAGGGUCUACAUCAUCCGUGCCUUUGGUCUGCAGCCCAAGGAUGCCAAUGGGAAGUGCGAUCCCUACGUGAAGAUUUCAGUGGGAAAGAAAUCCAUAAACGACCAAGAAAAUUACGUCCCCUCUACGCUGGAGCCUGUCUUUGGAAAGAUGUUCGAGUUGAGCUGCACUCUGCCCCUGGAGAAGGACCUGAAGGUCACACUGUACGACUACGACCUCCUGUCCAAGGAUGAGAAGAUUGGGGAGACCGUCAUCGACCUGGAGAACCGGUUCCUGUCGAAAUACGGGGCACGCUGUGGGCUUCCCCAGACCUACUGCGUCUCUGGGCCCAACCAGUGGCGAGAUCAGCUCCGUCCCUCCCAGCUGCUCCACCUCUUCUCCCUGCAGCACCACUGCAAGGCUCCCACCUACGCGUCCGACCGGCUCAUCUUCCGCGACCAGGAGUACAUCCUCUCCGAGCUGGAGGAUGGCAAACCCCACAACCCUCACCUGGGGCCAGCAGAGGAGCGGCUGGCCCUGCACGCACUGCGGAAACAAGGGCUGGUGCCAGAGCACGUGGAGACCCGGCCCCUCUACAGCCCCCUGCAGCCAGAGAUCGAGCAGGGAAAACUACAGAUGUGGGUGGACCUGUUUCCAAAAUCCUUGGGUCAGCCUGGCCCCCCUUUCAACAUCACACCACGCAAAGCCAAGAGGUUCUACUUGCGCUGCAUCAUCUGGAACACCAAGGAUGUCAUCCUCGACGACCUCAGCAUCACCGGGGAGAAGAUGAGUGACAUCUACGUCAAAGGCUGGCUGGUUGGCCACGAGGAGAACAAGCAGAAGACGGACGUGCACUACAGGUCGAUGGGAGGAGAAGGCAACUUCAACUGGAGAUUCAUCUUCCCCUUCGACUAUCUCCCUGCCGAGCAGAUGUGUUGCAUUGCAAAAAAGGAGCACUUCUGGAGCUUGGACAAGACAGAAAACAAGAUUUCACCGCAGCUGAUCUUCCAGAUCUGGGACAAUGACAAGUUCUCCUUCGAUGACUAUUUGGGCUCCAUCCAGAUGGAUCUCAACAGGAUGCCCAAGCCUGCCAAGACCGCUGAGAAGUGCUCCUUAGAGCUCAUAGAUGGCAGCUUGUCUGCAAGCCGCUUUGUGUCCCUCUUUGAGCAGAAAACUGUCAAGGGCUGGUGGCCCUGCAUCGCAGAGCAGAAUGAGAAGAAGAUCCUGGCAGGAAAACUGGAAAUGACUUUGGAAAUUGUGGCUGAACACGAGCAUGAAGAGCGGCCAGCUGGAGUGGGUCGGGAUGAGCCAAACAUGAACCCCAAGCUGGAAGACCCCAAGCGCCCGGAGACCUCCUUCCUGUGGUUCACCUCCCCAUACAAGACCCUGAAGUACAUCCUGUGGCGCCGGUACAAGUGGCUGCUCAUCCUGGCCAUCGUGCUCUUCGUUUUGCUGCUCUUCCUUGGGAUCUUCAUCUACGCCUUCCCGAACUACGCUGCUAUGAAGCUGGUGAAACCUUUCAAUUGAGUGCCUGGAUUUCAGCGGGACGCUGCAGCCCAGGACGCGGCGACGUGCCUUUCCCCAGAGCAGGGAAGCAGCCCUCACCUCAGGAGCAGCGCCUAAACCAAACCUCCUCUGCAGCAGUUCUGAUUUGGCUUCCUCGUCCUCCUUCUGUUUGUUUUAAUUUUGGUCAGUGCUCGGAUGCAAAGCUGGCGAGGGUUGGGGAGAAAAGGACCCUUUUGUGGGCUGUCCACGGAGGCGAUCAUGGAGGAGUGAUGGCUGCAAGGCGGCCGCAAUCUCUCAGGUCCUCAGCAGGUUUUUCUUGCCACCCUGCAGCAGCCUCCCUUUGCCUCUGCCGUGCGAUGUGCAUUCGUGCAUUCCUGCUUUUGGAGCCUGCCCUCCCUCCUCUGCACUCCCAUGUGCCCCAUUGCCUUCCCAGCCAACGCUGCUGCAGCAGCAGAGGGCACGGAGCAGCCCAGGAGCAAUGCAGCGCAGAGGGGGGCUUUGCUUCUCUCCUCCUGCUGUGUGCAACCCCCUGCACUGCAGCUCGGUGCCUGGAUUGGUUUUUCUCCUUUUGCUGAAGCCAAACAGUGCAACAGCAGAGCACAGUGCACGCUGCUGCUGGGUGCUAGCGGGGCAGGCCUUGGGAAGCACAGCUGUUUGCUUUGUGCUUUGCAAGCAGGGCGUGAUGAGUGCAUAUCAUGCAGGUUUUGCACAGCUCAGAAGGUGUGAAUGGUGUUGCUGGGACCUUGCAGCUUUCUGCUCCCCCUGCCCAUGCUGCAAUCACUGAUGUGCACUGAGAGGGGGUUCUGCUGCUGCUCGGAGCAGACAGCAGAACAAGGUGAUCCCAGAGGAUCUGUUUCUCAGGACAAACUGUGCUGGCGUUGGCUCCAGCGAGGCACUUAAGCCUAUUCUUAGCAGCAGAUGAGGGAGGGGAAAAGCACACGGCUAAUUGCUUUGCUGGCGGGGAUGUGAUGGAAAUCCUGUGCUGCUCAGUACUGUGACAGUGCCUGGAUUGCACAGGGCAGCUCUGCCACGUGUGAGGACAACACUUCAGACACACAGAAUGUACCCCAAAGCAGCUGGUGCUCAGGUGUGGAGGUUCCCCACCCCAGGAACCAUUUUGCCAGCAAAACUCAUCAUGUUUACCCACGUUCCCCCUUUUUUCUUGAUCUCGUUCCCACUCAUGCUCCUGUUUGUUAACUAAUGCUGACCUACCAGCUGUUGGCCCAAGAUCUGGGGAUGCUGCUUCCCCUGAGAAACAGGCGAGCUGAAGGGGAAUGUUGGCUUUGCAGCUUCCUGGUGAGUUACGCCUUGGCCAAGUGGUGCUGAUGUGGUCGGUUCUCUUCCACUGCAACCCUGCUUGCCUCGCUGCCUUCCUGCAUGCCUUGCUAUGCCAUGGGAAGCCAUUCCUCAUUUCUUGCUCCAGUUUGCACAUUUGGUGAAGUUUCCCAUCUCAGUGACCCCCCACCUGUUUCAGAAAUGGGAUCUCAGUGCUGAGAGCCCCAAAGAGAUGAGCAGCCCAAAGCUCCCGUCCAGCCGUGGAUGGUUCUCAUCCAUCCAUCCUGUUGCUCCGACCAGAGAUGAGCAACCCUACCAAAAAUAAUUCCACCUGUCACUUCUCCACAGCCUCUUCCAUCACAAAACCCUUUUAUUCCCUAGCAGUUCUUCCCUGGCAAACCAGAGUGGGUUGGCAGUGAUGGAAAGGGCAGCAUCCCCACAUCCAAUCCUCUUCUUCCCAAUCUGCGCUGCAGAGCUUUGUUUCAUCCGGGGGCUGUGGUGGGCAAAGGCAGUUCUGAGCACCUGCAAACAUCAGCCUGGUCUCGUUACCAAAGCCAGCCAAGAGGCCGGGCCCAAGUAAAGCCUUCUGCUCUCUAUGCCUUAUAUAUAUAGAUAUAUAUAUAUAUAUCACUGUGGUUUACAAAUGAAAUAGCCCUGAAACCUUCUGUUUCCUGGUGUGUUCUGUUGGGUUCUCGAUGUGUUGGUCCCCACUGUGCUCCAGGCGGGAGAGCUCCAGGGGAUCCUUAGUGUCUGUGUCCCCAAACGCCUUUCUUUUCCCUGAAAGGGUGCAGAGAAGAAUAUAGAACAGAAUCAGUG